AUGCCGGCUAAGGAGUUGGUCCGUCCUUGUUUGGACUGCAAGGAUGCAGAAGCUGUCCUGGAUACCCGAAAGAGGCAGUAUUGUGGGAACUGCUUCCAGCGUUUCGCUGCUCACAAAGUCUUGCUACGCAUGUCCAAAUAUAAACAAUUGAAAAAGGAAACCGGUCAAACACCCAAGCUGCUGCUCCCACUCUCCCUCGGUGUCUCAUCCUCAGUUCUGCUGCACAUUAUCAACGGCGAUAUUGAACGCCAACUCGCCAACACCUUCGUCAAUCUCGGUUUUGAACUCACUAUACUUGUCAUCGAUCCAUCAACUAUCCUCACGCCAGACGCCAAGUACAACCAGGCUUAUGAGGCCGUCACAAAGGCUUUCCCGAAGCUCACAUUCAACAGACUGCCAUUCCACAGCGUCUUCGAGUACGUUUCUGAUAUGAAAGAAAUCGUCCAAGAAUACGCCGGCUCAAGUUUCACCGAUGACGAGUCGCUGUCAAACGAGGAUCGUCUGACGACAUUCCGCGCUUCUAUUUCCACCGCUACCUCCAAGGCCGACCUCGACUCGGUCCUGUUGACCAGGCUUGUUGUUGGAUACGCCAAAAGUCUUGGCUGCGGCACUGUGGUUUGGGGCGACUCGGACACCCGUCUUGCGGCAAAGACACUUGCCGGGGUUGCCAAGGGUCGCGGUGCCUCGUUGACUUGGUCAGUUUCAGAUGGCAUGUCUCCCUGGGGUGUGGCCUUUGACUUCCCGCUUCGAGAUCUGUCUAAGCCUGAGCUUGAACAGUUCAAGGGUGUUUGCGAAGAGCUUUCGGGCAUCGUUGUACCGGAUGAGCCUAUUUCAGACAAUGUUUUGACAAAGAACCUGUCGAUUGACGAACUCAUGAUGCGCUACGUUCGGACACAGGGCGAAAAGUACCGUGGUGUUAUGGCGAACGUGUCGAGAACUGCCAAUAAACUUGAGUCUACCACGGGAUCAGAUGAUGUUUUGUGCCCGUUGUGUGGAGGACAUGUUGGCAAUGUCAAGGGCAAUUCCGGGGUUACGGUCGCCAAUCAAUCCAGCGACAAUUACAGCUCCAAGUUCUGCUACGGAUGCAUGAGAUCUCGUCCAGGAGCCAAUUGCUGA